UUGCCGAGCUCUUUUCUGAUUCCGCAUUCUUCCCAACCCAUCGACACGCACCCUCCAAUUGCGCCCUGUCGGCCACCCCAUCCCCUCAUGUUGCGGACAUCGCUGCGAUCCGUGAGGGCGCUGGGCAACAGGCCCGCGGCAGCCGCUGCCGGCCGCCAAUGGCAGGUUUCUGCGGCCCGGCGUGCAGUGGUGUCGGGGCAGAGAUCCUACGCCGACAAUAAGAAACCCGCGGAUCAGGCCAAGCUCCCCGCUUCCGAGACCCUCACAGCUCCUUCGACGGCCCCGCCUCCCCCUCGGCAGACCGAGACCGUCGCGUCGUCGACCAUCCCGCCCGAGAAUGCCCCCCUCACGCCGCCCGCCCCAGGCCCUGCUGUCACAUCUGAAACGGCCGCCAAGACUACGCCGCCCGCUCCCCCGCCGACUCCGCGCAAGAAGAAGGGCUUCUUCCGCCGGCUGCGCAACUACAUCCUGACGCUGACCCUCCUCAGCGCGCUGGCCUUCGGCGGUGGUGUCUGGUACUCGCGCAUCAACGACAACUUCCACGACUUCUUCACCGAAUACGUGCCCUACGGCGAGCAGGCGGUGCUCUACCUGGAGGAGCUGGACUUCAAGAAGCGCUUCCCCAACGUGGCGAGCCGCGUGACGGGCAGGCGGCCGGACGGCGAGCAGGUCAAGAUCCCCGCGCAGAGCGGCGCCUCGUGGCGCGUUGCCGACGGCAGCGAGUCGGCCGGCCGGCAAUCGAGCGCUAUCCAGAAGGAAGCAGUCACGAAGGCGGCCAAGACCAAGGGCGAGCCCGCCGUGGUGACCGAAGCGAAGAAGGAGACAGCGACGCUGCCGAGGGCCGAGGCCACGACCAAUGAAGCGGAGCUUCAGAAACCCGUCCCUGCCCCUGUGGAGAAGAAGCCCAAGCCCGAGCCCGCACCCACACCCACACCCACACCCGCACCCGUGCCUGUUGUACCUGCCGCCGAGCCCGCUCCGGCGCCGGCGCCAGCUUCAGCGCCCGCGAAGCAGCCCUUCAAGGCGCCCGAGGUUGACGAGCCCUCGCGGUGGCCGCCCGCGUCGCCCAUCGACCCGCUGGCAGUCCCCGACGCUGCUGAACCCGUGGUGCAGGACUUGGUGCACAUGCUGAACGACAUCAUCACCGUGAUCAACCACGACGGCGCCAGCGAGAAGUACGCAGCGACGAUCGGCAAGGCCAAGGACGAGCUGAGCAAGGUGGGCGGCAAGAUCCGCGACCUCAAGACGGCGGUCGAGCAGGACGCCGCCAAGCAGGUCCGGCAGCGCGUCGACGACUUCGACCGGGCCGCCAACGAGCUCGUCUCGCGGCUGGAGGCGGUCAUGACGGCGCAGGAGCAGCAGUUCCGGCGCGAGUUCGAGGCCGAGGCGGCGCGGCUCCGGCAGAGCUACGACAGCAAGGUCCGGCUGAUCCAGGAGCGCGAGCGGCAGCUGGCCGAGGCGAAGCUCGGCAACCAGCUGCUCGAGCAGGCGAUCCAGCUGCAGCGCCAGUUCGCGCGCGACGUCCAGCAGCAGGUCGAGGAGGAGCGCGACGGGCGGCUCGGCAAGCUGCAGGAGCUCUCGGCGGCGGUCGCCUCGCUCGAGCAGCUCGCGGCGGGCUGGAACAACGUCAUCGACGCGAACCUGCGCACGCAGCAGCUGCACGUGGCAGUCGAGGCGGUGCGGGCCAGCCUGGAGGACGCGCGGCACCCGCGGCCGUUCGUGCGCGAGCUGGUGGCGCUCAAGGAGAUCGCGGCGCAGGACCCGGUGGUGGACGCGGCGAUUGCGUCGAUCCCGCCGGCGGCGUACCAGCGCGGCGUGUCCACGCCGGCCGAGCUGGUCGACCGCUUCCGCCGCGUGGCCGCCGAGGUGCGCAAGGCGGCCCUGCUGCCCGACGACGCCGGCGUCGCCAGCCACGCGUCCUCGUACGUCCUCAGCAAGGUCCUCUUCCGCAAGCAGGGGCUCGCCGCCGGCGACGACGUCGAGAGCGUCCUCACCCGCGCCCAGACCUUCCUCGAGGAGGGCGACCUGGACAACGCGGCGCGCGAGAUGAACGGCCUGUCCGGCUGGGCCAAGACGCUCAGCAGGGACUGGCUGGCCGAGGUGCGCAAGGUGCUCGAGGUGCGGCAGGCGCUGGAGGUCAUUCAAACAGAGGCGAGACUACAGAGCCUGAAGGUGGAGUAGGACGGUCAAGUCAGCUAGGAAGAUUUCCUUUGUUGGUGGACUUGUACAUUUGCUUGUUAGACCCGUCUUUUGU